AGACAUGGUUAUCCCCACAAAAAAAUUAAAAAAACAUUAAAAAAUAAAAAACAGAAAUAUCUCUCAAAUUAAACACACAAACCAAACGCACCAAAAUAGAGAGGAAAAAAUACACAACUCUGAAGGGGGUCAAUUUAACCUCGGCCACCUUCGACUCAGGUGAAAGCAUUGUCUGAAAAUUAGGGUUUUAGGUUUUGGAUUGAAGAUCAUGUCUUCUGUGAUCUGGGUUUUGCUGGAGAAUUCGAGGCUUCGAUGAGGAUCUGGUUUUGGUGAAUUCUGGGAAGUGGAGUUGGGGGAAAAUGGUGCUCAAUCAGAGCUUUUCUCGUAUCGACACUUUGGAGCUGAAAGCUCUAAUUGUGCGAAAGAUUGGGCAUCAGAGAGCUGAUAAAUACUUUGAUCUGAUCAGAAGAUUGUUUAGUUCAAAGAUUAGCAAGUGCGAAUUCGACAAGUUUUGCAAUCGGAUUAUUGGGAGGGAAAAUGUCUGUCUUCAUAACCGGCUUAUUAAAUCCAUCCUCCAGAACGCCUGCCUUGCAAAACUUCCGCCCUUGACCGGUGUUCAGAAAAGGGGACGCACCCUUAAUGUUAAAGUAGCAAAUGGUUAUCAGAAGGGUGGUCUUCACUCGAUUAAUGCAGAUGCAGUUUCUCCAUCCCCUCACAGGAUCCUGUCUCCAGUCGAUCGAGAACGCAAGUUUCAGGACCGCCCAAGUCCUUUGGGGCCAAAUGGAAAGUCCCAACAUUUUUCAAAAGCACAAGAGCAGCAAAGUGCUACUGAAUUGCUUUCUCUUGGAAGCAGGCCGCCUGUUGAAGUUGCCUCUGUAGAAGAUGGAGAAGAGGUCGAACAGGAUGCAGGAAGCCCAGCUAUUCAAAGUAGAAGCCCAGUAACUGCUCCACUCGGUAUAUAUUUGGGUGGAUCGCGUAAAUCUCUUCCUAAUGUAUCAGUAAGUGGUGCUUACCACCCUGUGACCUGUCAAAACAGUGGUGAGCUGCCUGAUACAAGAUCCUUAAGAAAUCGUUUGGAGCGGAAGUUGGAGAAGGAGGGUAUUAAUGUCUCUAUAGACUGUGUUAACCUCUUGAAUAAUGGAUUGGAUGCUUAUCUGAAGAGGUUAAUGGAACCUUGUAUUCGGCUAGCCGGGACAAGGCAUGGCAAUGAUCACUUAAAACAACUAAGUGGUUCAUAUCCGUACAACGAUGGGUCAAAUGGGAUGUUGCGUGGAAGACAUAUGCAAAGAGAAACAAAAUCUACUUUUGCAACCAUGUCAGAUUUUUCUGCAUCAGUGGAGCUAAAUCCCCAAAUGCUUGGUGUAGAUUGGCCCAUACAGCUCGAGAAGAUUGUCUUGCGUGCAUCUGAAGAGUGAGCAAAACCUUAUACAUAAUCAACAAUUGAUGAGAUCACGAGACAUGAAAUUGCACCCUCACUUGCUCACCGUUCAGCGUUUUGAGUCAGUUCUUUAACAUGAUCAACUCUUAGCCUUUGCCUGUUUACGGAGUUUUGAAGCAUUGCAAUAGGGAAUAAGUUGUAGAUUAUGUGAGAAGUUUUGGUUUAUGUUGCGUUUCGAUAUAGGCUUGAUAAUUGUUAUGGGGGGGGAGGGGCAUGUUAAUACGAUAGUAUGUAAACUUUUCAAUACAAGCAAGACAUCAGAGGUGUGAAGAAUUCUUCGCACUAUCCUUCAACGGAAAUUGUUUCUGCUCCCCUGUUUAUUGUUACCAAGUUAUGCGAAAAAUGCAUUAUCCAGUGUUCAAAUUAUUGCA